UUAAAGCAGCAGCACAGCAGCGUUCCAGGUUUUUAGUUGGGGACGACGAGGAUGGCCAGGCGCAAAGGACAGCAAGACCUUCGGAACUUUUUUAAUAAGGUUGCCCGACCUGACGUUUCCGAAGGUAAGUUAAGAGUCAAAAACACCAUUCACGCUUUUUAUGAGACUUGUAUUGCUACCAAGUUACCCUUCUAGGUUGUUUAAUUUGUGGACAUAACACGGUAAUAACACAGGCUUGUCAUGCUGUAGUCUAGCUUUUGUUCUUCUCUCAAUACUAGCAAGCGUACUCUGAUCCACGUUACCCUACUUAGUUUUAAUUUCUGGACGUUUGUUUAUUUGGGAUUCUUCUCUGGGAUUCUUCUUUGGGAAUAACUCCUAAUCGCCAUGUCUGUCUGUAAACGGUCUACAUGAUGUGUACUGUGGCUGUCUGGAUUAAGUAUCUAUCAUGAACUUUAUUUACUAGCCAGAACCAUGCUAUCUCCAUGGUAUGCAUGGAUGGAGAGAUAUAUUAUCUGUACUUAUGGGUAUACAAUGGGUAAUAACAUUAUCUACCACACUGUUACUACGAUAUAAUGCCAGAUGCAAAAACCUUUAGUGCAUGUGAUGAGUUUACAAAACAGGCUAUAUUUCUAUUGACCAACAUUUAAAAAUCAGCUAAUCUAAUUUUGUUUGGGCUUGACUUGCUGUAGGCCUACUUGAUAGUAACAUUUUUGAUUGUCAUAGAUGAAAAUGCUUAAAAAUGAAACUUAAAAUUGGCCUAUUUUUUUCAUAGCUUUUAGAGGGCUUUGCAUCUGAACUCACAUGAAACAGAGUUGUUAAUUGUUUUCUCUAGAUGGCAGUGGCAGUCAGAAACAAGGUGCAAGGGGAGCUGGAGGGGACCUUGACACUGAGAUGGUGGACCAGCAGGAGCAAGCAGGAACUUCAAGAGCUGGAGAGGGUAUUUGAUGAUUAUUUACUAUUGGUUUUAUUUUUCAUUUAUGAAAUAAAUUGACAUGUCGAAGACACACAACCUGUCUCAAGAUGUGAUGGUGUUCUUCUGCUUUAAAACAAUCACUCUGUUAGGCCUUGCUCUAUGAGAGAUGAGUACAAAGAUUAAGUGCCACAUGGAGCUCCAUUGCCUUUGAGAUACACAGCACACAGUCCACACAAUGAAAGUGAAUUUAUGCUGUUCCUCACGCAUGCAAGGGGCAGGUAAGUGCAAAUCUGUGACCCCCACAAACAUUUUUGUCCCUUAAUAUUGGUCCCGAGGGGUCCCGAGGGGUCGAGUCCCGACCCCUAGUUUGGUAACCACUGAGCCCAUGACUGGCCAAAUAACAGUAUGCCCACCUCAAAAAAGUAGACUACACCACUGUGGCAACCCUAUGACCAACAACGCUAUUUGGAAUGGAAUGGAGUUUAAACAAAACUGAUAAAAAGUGAUGAUUUAAUAUAGAAUUGAAAUUCUCCAGAAAUUCUCAUUACGCCAGUCCCGACCCCCUGGUUGAGAAAUACUAGGGUGCCAGCCGAACUUAGUCCCGCCCACAACAUUGGCUACGUCAGGCUAGAGAAAUACUGCUGAACAUUUUCAGUCACUUAACUAAGCCACUAGCCUAGAAAUCUAGACGCACCCUAGCAGAUUACAUUUGCUGCCAGGGCUACUAAGCCACUGCUUUCAUUUUCAUAAAUGUUCCAAAGUCAGUAAAUUUUGGUAAAAGUUGGGAGUUUGUGCGCAAGUGCAUGUGGCUGAGCCCAAUGACUUUUUCUGAUGCAACUCCCCUUAGAGUUAUCAGCCCUCUUAGUCUUCCCUCCUCUUAAUUUCAUUUCAUGCAUUGAUGUCAUGAUAUUUAUCAAUAAAACACUGCCAUCUUGUGGUAAUAUUAAAACAUAUUUUCCUACGAAGGAUAUAGUCGCAGUCUUACUUUAUUGACCAAUCUGCUACAAAUAGCACGUUCAUUUUCGUGUUUCUCUCAACAACAACAAAAAGAUUAUUUAUGUAAUAUCUAUUUUAGCCCACUUAUUGAUCAUUCCCCUUAGUCAAGGGUUAUCAGAAGAUUUGUCAGAGAAAAGAAGCAACUUUAAAUUGAAUUAAAAACUUCUAUAAAUUUUGCAACGCCAUGUUAGUAUCAUGUACAUCCUCAGAUAUUUAUAUCAGCUCCAAAGAUGGCGCGAGCGCUCUACGUGCGCGCAAGAUUUUAGCUCCGCGGGGACGCUUGAAGGGCGCGGGAAACACCUGUACUGCUCACUCAUGCAGGACUAGGCGACACUGCGAGGGCGCCGGCAGGGGACGCCGCCGACAACUCACUCGGCGCGCUUGAGGCGCUCCAUAUUGGCGAGACCUUUAGGCUAUGUGACCUAGGCCUAUGUCGUUGGAAGCAAAUUAGAUUCAGCGCCUCUAGGUGUAGCCUAGGCUACCUGCAGUGAUGAUGCAUGUUAGCUUUGACAGUAGAAAGCUGAUGGUCCUGGGUUUUUCAAGAUUUUGUUGCGACUGUAGUGACCACAAAGUGGGCCUAAUUUGAUUUACUGCAGGGAUUCUGAGUUAAAUAAAAAUAUAUCAAAGAUGGAAAAUGUAAUAGCGGUAUUUGAAUAUUGUGUGGAAAUUGUAGCAGUAAGAGUUUACCACGUGAGUAAUAAAAGAAGCUUGCAACCCAGUUACAUUUGCAUGAAAUCCAUGAUUUUUGGUGAGUUUCUGAAAAUGCAAGAGUGCUAAUUCUGGUGGGCCUGGUAUAGGCCUACAUAUAUGCACAUAAAAAUCUACUUUCGCUCCAUAGACCAUGACAGGUGGUCCCCGUCUCCCCACCUGUUCUGCCUUUUCCGGGCGCCUCGCAGUGGCAGCCCAGAACGGAUCAGUCAUUCAAGAAAUGCUAUGCCGAACUGCCAGGGGCUACGUAGCGGACCCCCGGUCACCGGAUCGCCAGCAGCUGGUCGCCCGUGCUAUUUUUCACUCGGCAUAAAGUAAUGGGCAGUCAGCGUCCCCGCCAUGGUCCGGGCUCAGUCCUCACACACUCCUGGAGCACCAUGAAGUCCGCAGAGACAGACAAGGGCGGCCCGCCGCUACCGCUGCCGCUGGAUGGCUACCACUCCGACAUGGAUGAACUGGACAGCGGGAGCGAGAGCUCAGACAAGUCGACAGGCGGGGGCAGUGGAGGGGGCCGGGGAGGCCGCGCUGGGAGUCCCCUGGGAGGCCCAGCUGGAGGAAGGGGUGAAGACGGAGGAUUAGGGGCUAUUGGUGGCAGUGAAGGAAAUGGUGGUGGGGUGGCCGGACGCAGAAGGGGCAGCCGUCGGCAUGCUGGGAUCAGCAAGCAGCGUCAGGCGGCAAACGCGCGGGAACGGGACCGCACGCACAGUGUUAACACAGCCUUCGGGGCGCUGCGGACUCUCAUCCCCACCGAGCCGGCCGACCGCAAGCUGUCCAAGAUCGAGACGCUGCGUCUGGCCUCCAGCUACAUCUCGCACCUGGCCAACGUACUCCUACUCGGGGAGGACUGCCUAGACGGACAGCCAUGUAUGAAGUACCAGAACGUCCUGCAGACCGGACCGGGCAACGCCAACAGCAGCCCCAGCCUCAGGCCCAUAUGCACAUUUUGCCUAAGCAACCAGAGGAAGCUGCUGAGAGAUGGAGAAAAGCACACAAAUGUCUGAUCGUGGCACGGGAUAUUCGGCAGCAUACCUAACCACCUACUCAUGUUUACAUGUAAAGAUAUUAGUAUUGUAAAAAAAGUGACAUUGAAAUGUAAGAAAAACAAUCUGUAUAUUUUUGUAAUGACCUCAACAAUGGCACAAAAAAGGCAGCAACACAAUAGAAAAGAAGAUAUCACUGAAAUGCACUUUUCCAUUUACAUGAUAAUAUGUGUCUUAUGUGCAGUGUUUUGGUUAAGCAAAAGACAAGCCCAAGCCCAUGCGUAAAGUUGCACCUGGUGGGGAGGUUAUUUCUGCUGCAGAUAUAGUAAGCCUCAGCGCCCAUUUCUAAAAAAAAACAACCCCUCUCUCUCUCACCCCCCCCCCCCUCUCUCCCUUCAUCCUACCCCUGGUUAAAGUCACAUGAUUGAAAUCUGAACUAGAACGCCACAGCAGUUGCUGUCAGUACAGUUGUGGCCCUCUGCCUUAGCGUUAGCGUGAGAGGGAGAGACAGAGAGACAGAGGGAGGAAGAGAGGGGGGUAAUGGUGGGUGGGAAAUGGAGUAAAAGCAUAAUAAUAUCUGAGUGACUAUAAAAAAAAUAUAUUCUCAGGCCAAUUUAACUGACAACAGGAACUGUGAUACGUUCACCAGGCUUUAAUUCAUGACUGUACAUUUUUAUUACAUAACGUUAGGGAAUAGCUGUUUUUGUUUUGUUUUCUUGUGGUUAUUCCAUGUUGAAGGUGUCCAUAGUUCAGUUGAUAGACUAUGUCUAAUAAGCAGCAGAGAAGACUUUUGGGUAACACUUUAUUUGGAUAGUCCGUCCAUAGAGACUUAGCAGAUCAUCUGUUAAGAUUCAGGUUCAGUAUGCAAAAUUGUUGUUGAGCAAACUGAACAUCACCUUAAACAAAUGCAAUCCCUAACCUCAACUGUAAUCAUAAAUUGUAGUUAAAAGGGUAGAGAUAGUUAUAUUGAUAAUUUGGGCAUCUGUUGAUAGUAUGUGGGCAGACUAUCCAACUGAAGUGCGACCAACAUUUGUAUACUAAGCACUGAUUAAAAACCUAAUCUGGCUCAGAUCUGGGCCGAUUCUCAGGCAGCAGCUGACUGCAAUGGCCACAACCUUGAGAAAUGUUACAACCCCGCACAUUGUUUGCCAUUAUCAAGGGAGGGUAGGCACGAGUUAUGAGUGGCCACUGGCCACAUUCAGAUGGGACACAUGACUCACUUGCACACUGAUAAACUCAAAAGGGCACCAGGGGUGAUAGAAGUCAGACCCUACAUGCCAUCUUGAGUCACGUCCCUGACUGUAUCAGGACUGUGAACCCUGCAUGAUAACAAAACAUAUUGAGGAUUCUGCUGGUAGUGCUGAACAAAGAUAUUGUUAAACUUGAAUAUGAAGUAUUAAUGUUUAUAAUGUAUAGGGUUGAGACACCGUGAACAAAAUAAUGAACCCCAAAUACAUUUACAAAUCAAAUUAAUUGAUAGUGAAAGUCAAAUGCACUGAUAACAUGGGAAUAUUGCAAUGAUAAGUGAAUGAUGAAUAACAAUCCAUUAUCAUAAAUGUUUACCUGUAUGUAUUCUGUAAGAUGUUACUGAAAUCAAUAAUUUUGUUAUUUUCAAAGAGCAUUGUGAGGGACAGACUAGAAGUACAUACUUUGCAGAAUGACUUCUGUACGUAACCACAGAAUCUCUAGUUUACUCUACUGAAACAUUCAGUUUCUUGUUUCAGUUCAGAGAUUCAAUCAGCACUUUUGCACUGAGCUUAAUUAGAAAAUUGUAUCUCCAAUGACAUGCUUCAUCAUGUUUACUUUCAAACCACUGCUUAUGUUCACACCUAUCUUUCAACCAUUUGCAUGAUGUUUACAGUAGUCUAGAAUGCUCAGCAAAGCACCACUUGUUAAAUGAUCAAAAAAAAUAAAAAAAAGAUUACCUGAAGAUACCUCAAUGAGGACCCCUGAAUGUAUCAAAGCCCACUGCACUCACCUGGGAAGCAAGGCCUACCUCUUACUUCUACCUGAAUGUGGGACACUGUUCUCAGCAUACUUGAAUUGUCUGACUUUCAUCCAUAAAAAUGGUGUCCUUUGCACAAAGCAAACAAUGAUUCUGCUGCUAAAGAGUUGUGUUCUAUUAUUUUUUUUGUACAAUUGCUUUUCCUGUGGUAUUUAUUUAAAAUAAUAAAUUAUUUUUAAAAGGAUGUGUUACCAUUCAUUGUCUGAAAUGUCUUUGUCUUGGUUUCAACUAAUCAGAGACCGCAGCUAUGAAAUGUUAGAGCCCCCUUGUGGACAGUCUGUAUAAAAAUAACAAACUAACAAACUCAGGAAGUAACACAACAGAUGUAGCUAUUCCACAUCUACAUAUAAUUACAAUGAUUCUCCAUAUUACUCCACCACAAAUACACAGGGCCAAAGAGAAAUGCACAGUAAUAGUAAAUUAUAUGCUCCUAUAAAAGGGACACAAUGAAACAGACAGGAAAUGGAAAGAGCCAAUUUCAUGUGA